GCAAGCCCGAAAUAUUCUUGCAUGAUUGCAACCGAUUUUGUCUUUAACUCGGAAGAAUUCGGAAUCGAGAAAAAUUCCAUCUCGGUUUCUCUUUCCAUUUAAAGCUUUUUUUUUUAUUUUCUCACUUUCCCGGAAUUCAACGCUCACCCAAACAUUCAAUUCUAGUCUCCCUUUCCCAAAUUCUUCUCAAUUCUCACCUCUCCAUCACUAUUGAGAUCAUGGAGCUCUCUCUAAUCUCUGAUACAGUAGCCGUAGCUGCAACGCAAGGCCUAGGGUUUGCCAAGUCCGUUGUUCAUCGCCACCAUUUCACCUCCUCCAACAAUCACCUCUCUCUCUCCGAUUCUUCGCCGGAAAAGCCUUCCUCCGCCGGAUCCCUCCAGAUGUCCGCCGUGAUUUUAGACGCCGUGGCGCCACCGACGGUUAAACCGAAUCACUUGAGAACCGCUCGCCGAACGCUCCUUCGCAAAAAGAGGCGUACGAGGAGGAGGACCGGUGGCGGACCGGAGGAAGGCGACGACGGUGAUUUUUUCGGCGGCGGCGACGACGGUGGUGAUGGUGGUGGUGGUUUCGGCGGUGGCGGAGGGUGGAAUUUUGAUAGAUUUGGAUGGUCGAAUUGGGAUGAUUCGUCUUCGUCUUCGCCUUCUGAUCCUGCGUUUGAUUUUGUUUUUGAGGUAAUCAGUUGGAUUGCGCUCUCCAAUUGCUUGCACUUUGCGUUCAAGAAGGUUGUGAGAAUCGUGGCGGAUGGGAUGGGCGAUCCGGCGAGAGAGAAGGUUCCAAUCUGUUAAUUUGGUACUGCUCAAUCUCAAUCCUCCCAAAUAAUAUUAAUUUAGAAUGGUAAUUAUUUAAGAACAAUUUGAUGUAAAUAAUGUAUAUAUUAUCAUUGCUUCAAUAGCAAUUUAUGAUUUCUUCUUGUAUAUAUAAGGGCAUUUUGUUCUUUGUUUGGUUGGCAUAUACUUCAUCAAGUUUGCUAGAUUGUUACAAAUAAUUUAUCUUCUAUUGAUUGAUAGUUGUGGGUUUGAGUCCAUGUUGUAAUUUGUAGCACCUUAUACAAAUUGAAGUCUAAUAAACUUAGGAGCAAUUCCAGUUGUUAAAGUCAA